UCGACUGGUCUGAGUGUCACCAUUUGGAAACACAUGCUCUCGACUAGAGUCGAGUCUCUUCUCGACCUGAGUCGCGUGUGAGUUGAGCCUAGCAGCUUGUUGGAAAUUCUCGACCAAUAAUCAGCCUCCAUGAAUAUAUUGUAUUGAGUGAUGUGGAAAAAAUAUUUUGAUCGUUGCAGCCUUUGAAUUUGUUACAUUAGAUUCUGCAAUACGUUAGUGGAGUGUUUUCACAAGUAAAGUGCUUCGCCUAAAUAUUUUAUAAAGGAUCUAUUGUUUGUGAGGAAUAUUACAAACAGCUCUUAAAAAACGAUUCCCUUGGAAUAACGGCUGACGUGUAUCUAUAAAAAAUGUUGAAGUUGAUGAAUCUAUUAUUCCUAACUUUAUCGAUGAAUAUACUCAUGUCUAUCUCAUCAAAUGUGGAAAUAACAGAUGCUGAUAGAAAUGGUUGCAGAGACAUUUUCAAUGAUAUUGAUGAUGACAAAAACGGAAAUAUCACUGAGGGAGAUGUGAACACCGUUUUUUCCGAUUCAGAAAAAUUGAAAAAAUUUAAAGGAAUGAUAUUGGAAAAAGAAACCUUCAAGGAAGCCCUUCUUAAAUACAUCAGAGAAAACGGAGACAUGAACUUCGAUGCAUUUGUCAGAUUUUUAAUUCCAUCUGGAACUAGUUUUGAGUAA